AUGUGGUUGGAAGAAAUUCCAUCAGCAAGAAUCUUGCAACUCAAUUCUUCAAAUAUUGCUAAUAGGCAUUGCAGGAUCAGUAAUAAUUAGCAAGUCGCUAAGUGUCUCAUCAAGGGAAGAAUACAAUUGCGCACAAUCUUUGAUUGUGAAAUCCAUCGUUUUGACGAUCAAAGAAGCUGCUUUUCUGCGAGUAUGUGGCUGUGGAUGAUAAAGAAGAGGUAUUGUGCUGGCAUAGCUAUUUGUCAAAGCAUUUUUAAAGCCACCAUGACCCAGAAAAGCUUCAAGGGAAGGGUUAAUUUCGGCCGACAGACCUGCAAGUAGAGAAAUGAAAGGCUGAAUGGGUCGCCAAUCAGUGGAAUAGGGAAGACAGUUCAAAUCAUUCGGUUGUUCGUAAAUCAGAUUGACAAAAUUAAGCCACAUUGAUUCUGGUAUUAAAUGGUGGGAGUCGAGAAGUAAGCGGAGACAAGCUUUCGCUGUAGUUGCAAUUUCUGGAACUGUAUCAUUUGCGCCAAACUCUACGAUUUCCCCAAAAACCUCACGAUUAAGAAGAAAUUUUAUUCGUUUAUAGUCCUGUGAUGUUGGAUUUGCAGCAUUUUCAACUGACACACUAGUUGAUAUAAUCUCAUGGAUUUGAUCGUAAGUAAUUUUCCGAAUCUUAGAAUUUGAAUGUGACAGAAGCAUAAGGAGAUAUGGACGACUUUGAGAGAGCAGAGAAAUACAGGUUGGUUCAUCUGCGUACAAUAGCGUUUCAGCCAAAAAUGAGACGAACUUCGGCGCAUAGCUAUUAGGAAUAAAUUCAAUAACUCUUAGUCCUUCAAUCGCCUUUGUCAUCAUUCCACCAAAGUUUGGCAAAUCAAAAUUUUGGUGAUUUUCCAGACUUCGAAUGAAAUCUACUGAGGCCAAUAUUGCCGGGGAUAUUUCCAUCAAUUUGGAGUGGAGAAGAAAUAUUUCAGGAUCAAAAAAGCGAACAUAGGCCAAGAGAUCAGUCGAAUUGUUCUCAUUAAAAUUUGAUACAAAAUGGCAAUCCAAAGAGGCCAGAGCGAUUUCAAAAGAUGUCAUCGAAGGAAGAAGACACGCACACGCUUCUGGCGUCCAUAAGGAGAAAAGAAGACGAAAUAGGGGUUUGAGUAAACCAAUGUAUAUAAGUCGCGGUUGUUCAAAAUCGUCAAUCUGACGAUCAACACUCAGGUCGUUACGCCAUGAUUUGGAGAAGGUGGAAAGUAGAAUUCCCCAAAGUUCUAGCAUAUUAUCAAACCCAGGAGUCACGUUUUGAGAGGGAAGGACACUUUCUGCAAGUGGUUUAAAGGACUCCACAGUCGUAGACCCAAACGUUCGCCAAGACAAAUCCACCUGUGUACAAUGGAGGAAUAGGUCCACAGCUUUAUUAAGGAGAUGCAAAAGCGAACUCCGAAAUGCCGUACUUGAACGAACAGUAACGAGGCCGGAAAGUGCAGCGUUGGCCAUAGCGACUGCAAACACGGGAAUUGAUACACCAUUUGAUGGUAAGUUAAUAACACACGGGGGUAAAAGGCUCCCAGUCAAAUAUUCCGAAACUUUAGCCGAGGUUAAAAACUCCUUCAAAUAGUGAUUGAUUUCACUAUUCUCAAGAGAUUCGACAUGUCUAUUUGUUGACGAAUAGUUAUUAAGAUUUUCAAAAUAGGAGAUCCGUGUAAUUAGCUUGCAACACAGAUUAAUCAGUAUCUUUGUUGAUGCAAUUUGAACUCGAUUACUUGAAGAUGUAACUAUGAAGGUAGCUAAUAACUGAAUAAAAACCGGAUUCCGAAUGAAGAAUUCGGCUGGAUAAUCAGACAGAAUUACCGAAUCAAAAUAACCCAGUUUUGAAAGAACCGUUAAAUCUGUCGUAUUUGCAAGUGAUUGUAUAUAAUCAGAAAUGUAUUGUCCAUUAAGUUGGGAUAUAGAAGAACUGGGUAAUUUUUCAAUAACAAAAUCAGCUGUAUGAAAAGAAAAAGAACCAUUUUUAGUAAAUUUGCUAAGUAUAUUUCCAUUGGAGUAAUGACUAUUUGGCAUAGCGAAAAAAAUUGUAGAAUGCUGGAAUGGUUCAGUCAUCGGACUUAUUUCACCUCUAGAAGAACCACCAUUGUUUGCAUCUUCAUGCAAUUCCGACACGAUAUUCGAAACAAUUUCUUGAAUAAGAGAAUGACUUUCCUUUAAAUCGGGAUUGGAAAUAAGAGAUAACAAAAUUCCAAUAAUAUUAUUUUGUUGAAGCUGUGCACGACCAGCGACAUCAAUAGCAGUUAAUCCAACAGCUUGCAACGCGUUGACUAGUUUCCCGACCACAGGAUUCUCAGAACAAUCCCUCCAAUUAACAAUGAGUUGAAGCAAUCGAUUCAGCCUGGAAUCAUAAGAUUCGUUUUCAUCCCACCUUCCGAUCUCCUCGCCUACUAGUAACCGAGUGAGAUCUUUCAGCUGAGCUGUCGAAAACUCGUCAUUCUUUCCAAGCUCCGAACAAAUUUCAAGGAGAACUUCGUAACGAAUCCAAGAGGCUGGAAUAUCACCACCAAACCAACAGCAGGCUCGAAGCUGAGGAUUCUGCAUAAAGAUGGUCAAUUCUAGAAAUUUAACUCCAUCAGAAUCCGUGAGGAGAUGGAAGAGAGUUGGUUGUGACACUUCUUCCUUGCAUACUCUUGGAAAGGUUGAAGUUUUGAAUAUUAGAAGGCAGUUAGAGAUUGAUAACUGAGAGACUAUUUCAUCCAGAGCUCCUCGCACGAGGAUUAGGAUAUCGUGGAAACAAUUAAAUGCUAGUGGUAUAAGGGUUUUGUUUGUCUCGAGCUUGACUUCAAUUGCCUCUUCUGUUUCGUCACAAAUAAGACAUAUGUUGAUAAGUCCUUUAUUAUAUGAAAGUCGACUUCCGAGCAACCAUUGAACCAAUUCUUGACUUUCUAAUCCUUCCAGUUUUAAUAAACUGGAUGCGGCUCUUCUCAACCUGCACUGAAUUCUUGGAAAAACGUGAAUCAAUUGAGCCCCAGAUCCUUUGAACUGAAUUCCAGUUCUGAUCAUGUCUUCGCCUCCACAACCCCACACUUCAGUUAUAUCGGAGGGUUGGAUGAGGUUCAAUCUCGGAAUUUCCAUCUGCAGUUCCUCUUCAACCAUUGUAGAGUUCUGAAGGUUAUUAGUUCCAGCGGCGGCAUCUUCGAAAAAUGA